AGGUGCUGGCGAAAGAUGUGGGUUUUUGGUUACGGGUCGUUGAUCUGGAAGGUGGACUUCCCGUAUCAAGAUAAGCUGGUCGGAUGCAUCACAGGCUACAGCAGGCGCUUCUGGCAAGGCAGCACAGACCACCGCGGAGUCCCCGGCAAGCCUGGAAGAGUUGUGACUCUUGUUGAAGAUCCUGGGGGUUGUGUAUGGGGUGUUGCUUACAGACUGCCAGCAGGAAAGGAAGAAGAAGUAAAAGCAUAUCUUGACUUCAGAGAGAAGGGAGGCUACAGGACCACAACAGUCAUUUUUUAUCCAAAAGAUCCCGUUACAAAACCAUUCAAUGUGUUGCUAUAUAUUGGAACAUGUGAUAAUCCUAAUUAUCUUGGUCCUGCACCUCUGGAAGACAUUGCUGAACAGAUUUUUAACGCAGCUGGUCCAAGUGGAAGAAAUACAGAAUAUCUUUUUGAACUUGCAAAUUCCAUUAGGAAUCUUGUGCCAGAAGAUGCAGACGAGCAUCUUUUCUCUUUGGAAAAAUUAGUAAAGGAACGUUUAGAAGGAAAACAGAAUCUCGAUUGCUUAUAAAGACCUAAUCAUUGACUUUUCCAGAAAAGCAGAACUUUCAGUCAUCAAAGAAUAGUUGUACUGCACAAUGACAGUAUGAUUUGGAAAUGUAUUUACUUGAAGAUCUUAUUUAUUUUUAAUGCUGUAGUCAAGAUAUCAUCAAAAUUUAUAGUUUAAUUGCAAGUGUCCUGAAACACAUACAUACUCAAAGUAUAAAGGUAUAGUUAAAGAAAAAAAUUCAGGUUAUAAUAAUAUAAUGAUUUCCUAACUAUAUAAUAUUGAACACUUGAUCAUGAGAAGUGAGUUCUUUAGAAAAAUACAAUGAAAGACUCAGUUCACAGCUUGUUUUUUAACCAGAGUAAAAAUAAUUUCAUGUUUCAUAUCAAUACUAUUUUGAAUUUGCACAGGAUUAAAUCAAAAGUUCAGUAAAUAUAAUAAGGUAUACCUUCAAUAUAUUCCUAUGCAAUAAUUCUGUAACCAUGGGUUAAAAUAUAUAAGCUUAAAAGAAUGUAUAAUUAGAAAUAUAUAGUAAUAUAGAUAAGAUUUCAGCCUUAAUUAUGAAUUUCCUUGUUCAGGUAUUAAAUAGUAUCCUUUCCAAUUUAAGCCAAAAAAAAUAGCAUUUUUAAUAUAAAAAUUCCCUUGAAAUUAUAAUGUACUAUAUCUCUCCUUUUUUGAAUAAAUGCACAAACUCAUUCAGCUAAAAAAGCACAAAUUACGUAAUAUAAAUUCACUAACAAUGUAGUCUGUCAGUAACUUGUGUUAAUCUUAUGGUGAAAUUUUUUUAAAAGAUUUUUCUAAUACAAAUUAACAAACAUAUAUAAAGUGAAAAUUUGGUGUUUUAAAUAGCUUUCAGAAUUGUAAACUUUUUAAGUAAGAAAUGGCAUUACCUAAUCAUUUACUAUACAGAUUUUUCCCCCUUCUGUCCUGUCACUUGAACAAAGGUAUCCGUUGAAUAGUGUUGAUGGUGCCACUCAAGUAGGAAGUAUCCACAUACAUUAUUAAUUCAUGUAGAAUUAGCCUUGAUUCAGACUAAUACAGAUUAUUUCUAAUUAUAAGUGAUUUCCUUCUCAAUAGGAUAUAGUCUCUCUAAAAAUCUUUCAGUAUGAAAAGAAUUUCAGUAUCACAUUAAAUCUAAUAUGAAACAAUAAAAAUUCUUCAAACCCAGGCAUGACUAAUAAUAC